GAAUUGGGUACAAGAAACGGGAAAGGAUAAUGGUUACGUAAUUGUUACCCGCCGAUCAAAAAAUAUUGGCGGUACUACUGGGAUGGUAUGGCUUGUGUGCGACCGUAGUGGUGAACACCGUAGUAAAGCAACAGUUAGGAAAGCUGGUAGCAAAAAAAUCGGCUGCCCAUUUUCAUUACUCGCCAUCCGGGACGUGACGAACGACACGUGGGAGUUAAAAGUGGACUGUGCGAACCAUAACCACGAACCUACGACGAGUCUGUUGGGCCACGCUUUUGUGCGAAGAUUUACUAAAGCCGAAUACAAGCUAGUGGAGCAGCUAACUGCUCAAAACAUGGAGCCACGUAUCAUAUUUCAAACCCUAAGAAAGCAGUUCCCCGACAGCCUGCACGUUCAGAAAGACGUGCAAAAUGCGGUACAAAAAAUUAGAGCGACAAUAAUGGACGGAAAGAAUCCUAUUCAGGCACUGGAAAGCCUGCUGCAUGACCGCCGAUUCAUUUACGACACCCGACAAGAUCCCAAAACAGAUGUCGUAACAGAGAUUUUCUUUGUUCAUCCUUAUUCAAUCACUACGUGGCGUGCAUUCCCGCACGUGAUGUUGAUCGACGCGACCUACAAAACAAACCUCUACAACAUGCCAUUUGUCCAGGUUGUGGGUAUGACGUCGACUGGGAAGUCUUUUUGUAUCGCACAUGCCGUUAUUUGUAAAGAACGAAGGGGUAACUACGUGUGGGUGCUUGAGCGGAUCAAGUCAAUAUUGCAUGAAUGUAUGAUGCCGCGUGUGAUAGUCACGGAUAGGGAGCUUGCCCUAAUAAACGCGUGUUCUAAAGUAUUCCCGAACGCAAAAAGGCUUCUAUGCCACUUUCACAUCCAACAAAAUAUAGCUAGAAAGUGCAAGUCAGGGUUCGAUAAAGAAGAUUGGGGGAAAUUUAUGUCGUACUGGCGGACAUUGUGCGAAUCUUCAUCAGAGCCCAUGUACAAGUACAACUUGGAGAAAAUGUAUAACCGACUCGUGGUUGCCAACCGAGAAAGUGUCUAUGAUUACGUCUACGAAAACUGGCUCAAAGACUAUAAAGAAAUGUUCAUUUAUGCGUGGACCGAUAAGUGUCGCAACUUUGGUCAGCGCACCACCAACAGAGUUGAGAGCCAGCACGCAAAUUUAAAAAGAUACAUUACGCGCGGGAGUUCAUUGGAGCGAAUAGCAAGAUGCAUCAUUGAUAUAGUUGAAACUCAGUACGAUGAAAUACAAAAAAGUUUCACUGAGAGCAUCGAAAAAACGAUGAACCACCACAGACACCGAAUGUUGGACAACCUACGUGGAAAGGUUUCCCAUGAAGCACUUGAUUUGCUGGAAAAAGAGCUACUGAGGAAGAUGGAUGUGUUGCGGAAACUUAACGCAUCAUGUGGUUGCCAUAUGUGGCUUAGCAAAGGAUUGCCGUGUGCUUGUAGGCUGGAAAACUACACACGUACAGGGCGUAUAAUACAACUCGACGAGAUAGAUGUAUUCUGGCGUAAGCUUGACUUGCUCCCUUGUAAACUGGUAGACGAGGAGGUCGAUAUUGUAGCAGAGCUCAAUAAUGUGCGGCAACAUUUAGAGGCGCAGUCCCCCGUUCAGCAAAAGAGUAUGCUUUCAAAGAUAAAAGCGGUUUUCACCCCGAAAUCGUCAACCAAGAAACCACCGAUCGUCCAGCAAAACACUCGCGGUCGGCCUACAUCAAAGAAAGUACAAGAAAGGCUAGAUGAAGCUGCGAGGUUAGACCAAGCUGCGAGAUACAGCUCCUAUGGCGAGGACAGCAACGUAAUUACCGCUUCCCCCAAGCAUAGGUACGAUUUACCCCGACACAGCUCAUACGUACCGUCAGAGGGCUCUCGUGGAACUGGUUCGUUUGUGAAGUCUGAAAAACCUAAAAUGCAACCAAACAGUUCAACAAGUUCUAAAAAGAAGGAGACGAGGGAUGAUAAGGUUUUUCCAUUAAUAAAGGGGGACGAGCACUUGUUAUGCAUUAAGAGGUUUAAGAAUCAAAUUCCAUCAGAGUUUCGCUCUUACAUAUCGCGUAUACAAGAUGUGACCCCAGACGGUCAUUGUGGGUACAGGUCUGUGGCUGUCGGGUUAGGUUUUACGGAACACGCAUGGCCCAAUAUUCGAAGAGAUUUACUACUGGAGAUUGACCAUAACAAACCGCGUUGGAAGCAUGUAUUCGAAACAUAUAACGAAGGAGACUUUAAACGAAUACGUAAGAGCAUCGAAUGGCAUUCAGUGAAAGGGUGCGAUGAAAGUCACUGGAUGGAAAUGCCCCAGGUAGGGCUUCUCAUAGCGCAAAGGUAUAAUAUUGUCCUCCACGUGCUAAGCAUUGAAUGGAGCUCUACCAUCUUCCCAUUAACGGAUGCCCCACUAGAUCCACGACCUCAAGCGAUAACGCUUAUACAUGUUCACGGGGGACACUUCAUACAUGCUAAGUUGGAAGGAGACUACCCCAUGCCUUUAGUCGACGUCGUCCGUAAGGAGUCCGGCGUUCCCGAUUCUAACGAGCAAGAGGAGGUUGUGUCUAGUGUACGAGGAAAACAAAACAUACCGUUUCUAGAUUUGAACACGCAUCCCCCUGUUGAUGAAACAUCCCCUGUAGAUGACUCAUACCAUGCUGGUCAACCAAGUUAUCCGGGGCAACAAGGGUAUCCAGAUUAUGGAUACAGGUGUGAAUAUUCUUACGUGCAACAACAUUAUCCUGAUGGAUAUGGAGGAGACUGUGGUCAUCAGCAAUUCAUUUUCCCGAGCGGUCCUUACGUUCAACAAAACUAUCCGGACGUUGGAGGAUAUGGGGGUGAGGCACCCCCAUCCCGGACAAUCCGUACUUAA